UCUAAAAUUACUAGUCUCCGCUACACUAGCUUCUUGUUCGCGGGAGCUAAUCUGCAUCACUUCAAUCCUCAACCACGCAGUUCGAUUCCUUCAAUGGCGUUUCUGUUUCAGAAAUUUCAAGAGGCCGUGAAGGUUAUUGCAAAAAAUCCAAUGUUUGCAAGGGAUCCAAGGCACAUGCAGUUUGAAACAGAUAUGAACCGCUUGUUCCUUUUCACCAGCUACAACCGUUUGGGGAGGGAUGCUGCAGAGGCUGAUGCAGAUGAGAUAAUCGACAUGGCCAGUAAAGCUCCUUUUGCUGAUCAACAAAAGCAAGUGCAAGAGAACAUCCAUUCACAGGUUGAAAGCUUUUGUAAGCAUAUGGAUGAAAUUCUUCUUCCAGAUACAAGGACGAGCCCUGCAGAAUCACCCAAACAGUCCAAUGGUGCCGUUAGAAAAAGUGGUCUUAGUUUUGCUGUUGGCAAACAUAGUUCGCCGACUAACAUUACUGAUAUCCCAAAGACGAGGCCAUUGAAUCGUUCUGAACUUUCACAGAAAUUAAAGGAUGGAAUUGGCUACACUCUUGAUAUCAGGCCAUCUCAAAUCCCUCAUAAGGAUGCUGGACAAGGUCUUUUUCUAGAUGGUGAAGCCAAUGUCGGAUCUGUUAUAGCAAUAUACCCAGGCGUUAUAUAUUCCCCUGCUCAUUAUCAGUACAUUCCUGGAUAUCCAAGAGUUGAUGCUCAGAACCCUUAUCUGAUCACAAGGUACGACAGUACUGUAAUCAAUGCCCAACCCUGGGGUUUGGGUGCCGAUACCCGCGAAGUAUGGGAUGGCUUAACUGUUCCUGUAAGUAAUCCGACCAAACAAGGCGAUGAGAAAUCAGAUCGUCUUUGGAAAAUGCUGAGCAAGCCAUUAGAAGCCAAACGAGUUUUGCAUGGUGGUGAUGCUAUAGAGCGUAGAAAUCCUCUAGCUUUUGCUCAUUACGCCAACCACCCAGCUAAGGAUAUGGCUCCAAAUGUCAUGCUUUGCCCUUAUGAUUUCCCCAUGACAGAAAAGGACAUGAGAGUUUAUAUUCCAAAUGUACUGUUUGCAAACGAAGAAGUGAACAUGAAGAGGCUAGGUAGCUUUUGGUUCAAAUCCGGACGUUCUAGAAUCAACGGAUCAGAUACUCCCAUCUUGAAGACAAUUGUUCUGGUAGCGACUCGGGCGCUUUGCGAUGAAGAAGUGCUCUUAAAUUACAGAUUAAGCAACUCCAAGCGUCGACCUUCAUGGUAUACUCCUGUUGAUGAAGAGGAAGAUAGGAGGAGAUGGAGUUGAAUCCUCUCGUCAAAGGUUGAUGCCAUUGUUCUAAUUUUGUUUGCGUUCAAAUUUUUUCUCCUCAAACUGUAGUGAGUUUGCAUGCUACAAUGUUAACUUAUGAUGCCUUUAAAUGAUGUACGAGAAUAAAGCUGACUGAGAGUAUACUUAAAGUGUUGGAAGCUUUGUGUCACUGUCAUGCUUGUCCAAAGCGUGUUGCUUAUGGCUGCAUGGUGGAUGUCCCGUCUUGCUUGUCUAUGACAUGUCCAUAGUUGCAUGCCUGUUCUAAAAUCCCUUUUACAUGCUUGGUCAA